UAUAUUUAUAACUUAUAACAACGUUAUAUUAUUUGCUUUUUUACUUCGUAUUUUUGGUCAGCGCAUUUGUCUUCUUUUUGUAUAUUGGACAUAACAAUGAUGUUGACGGGGGAAGGGGAAGUUUAAUGAUUAAAGGUAAAUUUUUCUUCACAGCCCAAGCUUUAUUUAAGCCUUUCUCCCGCUCUCACAGCCCUCGUCCUUUUAUUAGUGUUUCGUUUGUUAUCAACAAAAAUAAAACAAACAAACAAAAAUAUUUUGUACAACUGCAUAAAAUUAAAAUCCGCAAAAUACUGUCACUAUUUACAAUUGGUCCUUGCAGUGUAAUCAGGCUUUAAAAACGGUGGACAUUUAAAAAAUCUCGUAUCUUUCGAAAAUCUCGGUGUAAAAAAAAAAAAAAAAAAAAAAAAAAAAAAAUUCAAUCGAAUGCAAGUCACACUAGAAAUGAACUGUCUUGUUCGUGCUCUAUAGAAAAACCUUUGAGCCACCCUUUUAUUAAUUCUCCCCUCACUUCGCUUAAUCGAUCUGCACUAAAACGACCGUCCCGCUUUUAUUUCCGGCCCCCUCCCCCUCCUUUCUUUUAAGAACUCGAGAGUAAACAAUAUGACAGUUGCCUGAUUUGUUGAAACGUACUGAUAAUCGGUGUCCGUUUUUGAAAUUCAUUAUUUUGUUAGUUAUUUUUUUUUUUGCCCUCCUUUUUUCGCAUUGUUUUUUGUUUUUGUUUUUUGUUAUUAUUAAUAUCUUUUGAAAUUUCCGGUCAUAACAUAGAACUACUUUGCUUAACUGUUUUUACUUGUUACUUUUAACUACGCAUUAAAUAUUGUGCUUUUUGGCGUGUCGCUUUCAAAGCAAAUGGUUACCGACAUUUUAAUGGAACAAUUAGUCAACCAAUUACAAUGGUUUGCCAUCCAAUGUGACUACAUAAAUACGAUUAGUUUUCAUUUGAAAACCGUAUUCAGCGCAAGUGGUGUUGUGAGUUAAAAUAUUCGUUGCUACAAUAUAAAACAGCAAAAUAGAAAAAUGUUUAGCAAAGUCAUUUUGAUCGCCUCAGUCAUUUUGGCAGUCACCGCCAACGAGCGAUGGCAAUCAGAUGAUUAUGUUGAACCUCAUAAAGAAUAUGUACCCGAGAACGGAUACGAAAGUCAAUACGGAUCUAAUAACGAGUAUCACCCUAAGAAUGGUUACAAACCAAAGAAAGCUUAUUGCUUAGGUGUUGACGUCACUAACGACUGCAUAUAUCGCGCUGAUAACAACUACGCUAUCGAUGACAAGCCAAGAUCUGGAUACGUAGCUUGCGUUAACAAAAGUGCCAUAUGUAUGCCUUGUCCAUACGGAUUGGUUUUCUGUUCCAAAGCUGGCUACAAAGGUCUCGGACAAUGUCUCGGCAAAUACGACGAAUGCCCACCUCGCUCAUAUUAAUGAUGUAUACAAGAAGCUAUUUAUAUAAACAAUUUGUAAAACCUAUUUAACUUGUUUUUCAUUUUUAUUAAAUUAACACCGUA